AUGACAUUAACAUUACGAUCUAAAUCAUCUAAUUCGACUUCAACCUCUCACUUCUCGCUUUCGCUCUCAAAAUCGAAAUCAUUGUCGCUAUCAAGGACUAGAAGAAGAGCGAAUACCUUAUCCCCUUCUUCCUCUUCAUCUGCCGCGACUACUGAGCUUGAGACACUCGAGUUGUCGUUACUUCUCGAUACCAAACCUAUCAAACCUACUAUCGAAGAGACUUUGAUAAUACCCCAAGAAGAAGAGCAAAAGCCGCUCGGAGGAAAGAUUAAAUUCGUUAUCAACGAUAUUCCAGAAUCUGACGCCAAAGUAUCAUCAAAACUUGUCAAAGGUAGGAAGAAGUACAUGACGGAGGUGAACAAUAAUCCUCAGGAUUUAUUGCUCGACUUGACAAAAUCCAAUAUGAACCGCGAUCACAACCAACUUCUUCCUUCACCCCUCAUCAAAACGACCUUCCCCAAAUCACCAUACCCAUUCCCACCUACUCCUCCGACUUUGUUACCUCUGCCAUCUUCGAGAGAUAAAAAGUACUCACAUAGACGAUCAAGAUCAUUUUCUGAAUUAAUCACUUCAUCAUCAUCAAUCAGUCAACCAUGGCGUGAUAGAGAUACUUGGUUAGCGAUGAAUGCUGCCAAACCACCCAUUAUACCUCAAAGGAAAGGGUCGAUUCCCGCAGACUUGACCCAAGGUGGAUGGAGAGGAAAAGGAGGUGGUACUUUUUUCGGAGCAGAUAUGAAUUCUCCCAUACCUGGAAAUAAAGUAAGAGUAAAACCAAUAAGUCCACCUACAAGUCCUAGCCGAUCUUAUCGAUUCAAUCAUAAGAAAGAUGGUGAGAUAGUCCAUCAUGAAAAUGAGAUCAUCACAUUCACGCAAUCUCCCGCUUCCACUAUGGAAUGUUCACCUCAAUCACUGAAUGAGUUGAUCGAUCAGCAUAAAUCAGAUUCAAGUUGGAAUGUUAUGGACGUCUCACCCGCUUCAUCGGAGGAAGGUCAUACCACAAGUAAAAAAACACGUUACCAUACCACCUUCGAAGAGGAAUACGAUGAUGACGAUGAUUUGUUACCGCCUUUGCUGCCACGUACCAUCACUCGAGCCUCAUCUUUUUCCUCCACUUCUAGGAAUACUACGCCCAUCCCUUGGGCUCAAAGAAGUGGGAACAUCUCACCAGGAAACAAGACGCCGACCUCGUCGUUACCUCGAACGCCUUCCAGACAAGCUAAAUGUCCUACAUCAUCACCUUUGGGCGAUAACACUCCAAAAACAUGGAUGCAAGUUCAUCCUUCGCCACCUAAGACUGAACGAAAGAUCAUUUCACCACUCAUGACACCCAGAACACCCGGAUCACCCACCAAAGGUGCACUGAGGAACGGGUUCAGACCACAGAGAAGAUCGACUUCUCCUCUUCCCCUUACUCCUCCGUCAACGGAAGAUGACGGUAAGUCUGUCAAAUCACCUGGAAAGAAGUUCUGGAAAUCACUCAAGCUGGGAUCACCAUCAAAAGGGGGAGAAAGGAGAGUUGGAUUUAGACGACCAAGUUUCGAUCAAGGUGAAACUAGUCCAAUCAAGAAGAUUGGAUGGUUUUAA